ACACGCAUGCGCAGAAACGCAGCCUCCGCUGAAACAAAGUUAAAUUCCUUUGAAAUAACGAUGAAUGGGUCGAAGAACCGGGUGAAGAACGUGUCGGACUCUUCUGGAGUUCGUGUCUGUGUGUCCAGGACGCACGUGUCAGAUUGAACCUGUUGUCUCCAGCUGACGCUUCGUCCGCGGGAAACAAAAUUACCUGAAGACGGAAGUGAGCUGCAGUUUUCAGUCCGGGCCGUGAACGCGCCGCAUGCAUGUCCCUGAUUGACUGUUUGUUUACGUGUGUUUUCUACGUUUACGAGUUAUUCCCGAAGAUCCGUCAGAGCCUCCGGCCGCCUCUGACACUGGCGUCCUGCGGGGGUAUGGCGGCGGCGGAGGAGCCGGAGGACCGCGGUGACCGGAGCUGCGGCGGCGGCGGAGCGGCGCUAACAGGUGACGGGGAACCCGAGGAGGCCGAGGAGUUCUCCUGCCCGACCCACCGCUCCGAGCUCUCCCGGCUGCAGAACGAGCAGAGGAAGGCGGGGCUGUUCUGCGACGUGACGCUGGAGUUCCGCUCCGGGGGGGCGUGCGAGUCCGGCGGGGAGCGGGUCCAGACUCUGUCCGCUCACCGCUCGGUUCUGUCCGCGGCGUCGCACUACUUCACCCUGCUGCUGGGCGGACACUUCUCCGAGUCCCAGUCGGCGAGAGUGGAGCUGAAGGGCUGGAGCUCCGAGAGCGGACUGGAGCCGGAGGCUGUGAGGAGAGUCAUCCAGUUCAUGUACACCGGAGAGAUCACCGUCACCACCGCUAGUGUCCAUGAAGUACUGGAACUGGCUGACAGGUUCCUGCUGGUGCAGCUGAAGAGCUUCUGUGGAGAGUUUCUCAUGAAGAAGUUGAGCUUGUCCAACUGCGUCGCCGUGCACAGCCUCGCCCACAUGUACACCCUGGACCAGCUCGCCGCGGGAGCCGCCAAGAUGAUUCGGAGGAACUUCACCAAAGUCAUCCGCAAUGAGGAAUUCUUCACGCUGCCAUUUCAUCUCCUGCAGACCUGGCUCUCGGACUCAGAAAUCACAGUGGAUUCUGAGCAGGAGCUGUUUGAGGCCAUCGUGAAAUGGGUGCAGCAAAACCCAGAGGAGCGAGAGAAGCAUUUUGAGGAGCUGUUCGGGCUCUUGAGGCUGUCACAGAUUGCUCCCACCGUCCUGAUGCAGGUGGUGAGGAAGGAGCCCUUAGUGGAGAACAGUGCGUCUUGUCAGAAGCUGGUGUCCGACACCCUCGAGGUUCACGCUGUUCACUUUGAGAGCCUCAAGUCUGCUGAUUUGGAGCUCUGUGCCUCCCACAUGACUGCGACCCAGCCGCGUUUUGGCCAGAACAUGGACGUAAUCAUGGUCGUGGGUGGUGUUUCAGAAGGUGGAGAGUAUUUGAGUGAGUGUGUGGGCUACUUUGUCGCUGAGGACCGCUGGGUCAACCUGCCGCACAUUCACAACCACCUUGAUGGACAUGCUAUCGCAGUCACCGACAGCCAUGUUUAUGUGGCGGGCUCCAUGGAGCCAGGCUUCGCCAAAGUGGUGGAACGCUACGACCCUUGCCUCAACAGCUGGGAGCAGGUCAGCAGCCUGAGCUCUCGCAAGCACUCGUUCGGCCUCACGUGUGUCAAAGAGGUUCUCUGCGGCAUCGGUGGUCACGGAAACUUCAGUCCAGGCUUUAAGGACGUUACCGUCUACGAGCCUGAGCAGGACGAGUGGCGAAAUAUCGAUCCAGCACCAAAAAUACUACGAGAUGUAAAAACGGUGAGCGUGGAGGACCGCUACGUGUAUGUGAUGGCCAGGACCCCUGUAGACUUGGACUUCGAGGAUGGACUGAGCACUGUGACCACUUGCUAUGACACCGAGAGCUACAAGUGGCAGGAUGUGGACUCAUUACCGCUCAUCGAUAACUACUGUGUCUUUCAAAUGGCCGUCGCAUCCACCAACUUCUACCACACAGCUUCCUGUUGCCCCAAGAACUACGACGUAACAGAGGAGGCCGCUCGGCAGAAAAUAAGCAUAAACAUCUCCGACGACAUCCUCGACAGCCUCCCUCCAGAGGUCCUCAAUAUGGAAGGGGCUGCCAUCUGCUACCUGGGUGAGGACAUUUUCAUCAUUGGCGGGUGGAGGAACAGCACCAACAUGGACAAGCAGUACCGCAAGGAGGUCUACCGUUACUGUGCUGAAAAGAAGCGUUGGAUGCUGCUGCCACCCUUACCUCAGCCUCGCUGUCGAGCAGCGGCCUGCCACGUUCGCAUCCCGUACCAGUAUCUCUACGGCUGCCAGCGAUUCCCCAUGCCCCAGAACCUGGCUCGUCAGCGAGACCGCAUGCAGCAGAUGCAGCAGCUCCAUCUGCGGACACUCACCCUGCGGAGGCAGCUGCAGUCUCAGAUCGAAUGUUGAGAUUGAAUCUGACGUUCAGCUUUGAACAGUCCUGUCAGCACUUCUUCUGCUGAGAAAUAUUUCUGAGGCUUUUAUUUUCUGCAUGGGUUUACGUGGGGCUGAAGAUCACACACACGAGAAAAAAAAAGAAAUCACCAGAUACGCUACUUUGUUAUCAGUCUUGAAUAUUUAUUUCUAACUCCAAAUUUUAUCAUGAUUUUACCUUUUUGCGCUGUGAGAAUUCUUACAUGUGUGAGCCACUUGAAAGUGAUUCAUUUUGUGUGCAAGAAAUAAAUAUUAAGCAAAGCAAACUGUAUAUUGGGGAACAGGGUGGGCUGUGAUUUUAAAAACAUAAGCCUACAUAAGACAAUUUUGCACUAAAAACUUGGGGUAAUGCUGUUUUUAAAUUCCAACGAAUGUGUAUGAUUUAUUUCAGCUGGUUGAAAUUGCUUUAUGUGAUCAACAUAUCUUGAAGCUUAGACCAAAUGUCACCAUGAUAAUGACAAGAAGUCAUUUUUUUAUCCAAAUAUCUCUGCCUCUGAUUUAAAUUUAAAAGCUGUUGUCUCAUUUAAUGUUGUUAUGUCAGGGACCAACGUCUGUUGAGUCUUUUGGUUUGUUGGUUUUUUUCUGGACUCUUUGUGCUUCUUGCAGACUUUUCUCUGCAAUUUCCUUUGAGUGACCAAGAGUGCAUGUUCACACACGGACACUGAACUGUGGGAAGACUCUAAAAUGGGUAAAACACUUUAAACCAUUAAGUUCUCUCAAUGUUCCAAACUUUUCUUGAAUCAAUGCAGUUGAUUUUACUGCAUUUACUGCACUAAAAGACCCUGAUUGUGAAUGUCAAUAUUGUCUUCUCUGUGUUGUGUGGACCAGUUGCUGAGCUCAGUGUUUCUCUGUUACUGAUCAGAAACUGCUCCAGUCUGUGGUAUCUCCAGCUAAGCUGUCUGUAACUAUGAUCCAAGUAGACAUGGUGAGCCCAAGACCUUUCCACUAACAUACUGUGUAUAAUGUGGUUGAUGAAUGAGUUCAUUUAUUUGUGGAGGUUUGGAUUUUUUAGUUACUUUCACUGUGGACACAGACAUGGGGAGAUUUUAUCUAUAAUAUGUAGAUGUCGCAUUUGAGGCUUCAGAUGUUUGUGCCAAGUUUGAUAAGAGGUGAUUUUAGAUCAAGUCUGAUUUGCCAGUGCCAUGUAUUCAGAUUUCAUGCAGCCAAGCCUACUUGGUGUACUACAAGUGUACUGUGUGACAUGAUGUCAUUGAAAGAGCUGUAAGUGCACAGACUCUAUGAAUAAAAGUUA